AUGGAUGCUCUUAAUGAUAUAGCACAACCUAACAAUUGUGAAGAUGAUGAGAAUGAGGUUGAUGAUGAGAUACCACUAGCAUCAGAAUGCAGAGGUACUAGCCAAUACUAUAAGGACUUAUUUGCCGAGAUGGAGUCUCCAUUAUUCCCAGGGUGUGAAAAAUACACAUCUUUGAAUUUCGUAGCUAAGUUGAUGCAUUUCAAAGUGUUGGGGAAAAUUCCUAACAAAUUUUUUGAUGGAAUCUUGGAGUUGUUAGAAGAUGCAUUCCCAUCUCCAAAUAAGAUACCAAAGUCACAUUAUGCGGCGAAGAGGUUGAUGAGGAAAUUGGGUUUGGGUUACGAGUCAAUCCAUGUUUGUAAGCAUGAUUGUGCAUUGUUUUGGAAGGAAAAUGCAGGAAAACACAAGUGUCCAAUUUGUGGGGAGGAUCGUUGGGUGGAUAAAAAUACCAAGGGGAAGAAAGUGGGCCAAAAAGUUAUGCGUUAUUUUCCAUUGACCCCUCGGUUGAUGCGAAAAUACGCGUCAAGGCACAUUUCUCAACAUAUGAGACGGCAUCAUGAAGGGCGUGUUAAAGAAGAUGGUAUCAUGCGUCAUCCUGCAGAUGGGAAAUCAUGGAAGGAUUUUGACCGUAGCAAUCCAGCGUUUGCAAUGGAACCUAGGAAUGUGCGCCUUGGAUUGGCUGUUGAUGGAUUCAAUCCUUUUGGAAAUAUGAGUUUGUCUUAUAGCAUGUGGCCGGUUGUGUUAACGACUUACAACUUGCCACCGUGGUUAUGCAUGAAAGAGACUAACUUUAUGUUGACUUUAUUAAUUCCUGGUCCACAUUCACUUGGAAAAGAUUUUGAUGUUUUCUUAAGGCCAUUGGUUGAUGAGUUGAAGGCAUUAUGGGUGAACGGUGUUCAGACUCGGGAUGUUGUUGAUGGUAGUUUUUUUAAGCUUCGAGCAGCUUUAUUGUGGACUAUAAGUGAUUUUCCAGCGAGGAGUAGUCUUUCUGGAUGGAGUGGUCAAGGUUACACUGCUUGUCCUACUUGCAAUGUAACAACACCAUCAGUUCGUUUGCAAAAUAAGGUUGCAUUUUACGGUCACAGACAUUUUUUACCAUUGGGACACCAAAUUAGAAAAAAGAAGAAGUUAUAUGGUUCAGUUGAGAAAAGACCACCUCCAGAGGAAUUUAGCACUGAAGCUAUUUUAAUACAAAUGAAUUUUAUGCCUGAAUCUCUUCCUGGUAAGCAUGUUAGCUACGGUGGACAAAAAAGGAAACGCACAAAAGAGCAAGUUGGUUGGCGAAAAAAAAGCAUUUUCUUUGAGCUCCCAUAUUGGGCCAAUAUGAAGUUGCGACACAACCUAGACGUCAUGCAUGUUGAGAAAAAUGUAUGCGACAGCUUAGUUGGCACAAUAGUCGGGUUGGAAAAUAAGACCAAAGAUACAAUUAGCGCUAGAGUAGAUUUGGAGAAGAUGAAGAUAAGGCCAGAAUUGCAUCUGAGAAUGGUAAAUGAUGGGUUUGCAUCUAAUCUAAGGAAGAAUGUGAUUGAAAAUGACAAUAAGAUUACUGGGUUGAAAUCCCACGAUUGUCAUGUCAUAUUGCAACAUCUUUUGCCAAUUGGUGUUCAUUCAUUCCUAGAAAAACCUACUGCCAAGACCAUUAUUGACUUGUGCACUUUCUUCAAGAUUAUUUGUGCUAGAACUCUGAUUGUUUCUGAUUUGGAGAAAGUGAAAACAUCAAUUGUUGAAAUUUAUUGUGGACUAGAAAUCAUUUUUCCGCCAGCAUUUUUUGAUGUUAUGGUUCACCUAAUGAUACAUUUUCCUCAAGAAGCAAUAGAUGGAGGUCCAGUACACAUGAGGUGGAUGUAUCCCUUUGAGAGAUACAUGGAAAAAUUGAAACAUUAUGUGCGUAAUAAAGCUCGUCCUAGGGGGUCCAUAGCUGAGGGUUAUGUCGUCGAUGAAGCAUUGACAUUCUGUUCUAUGUACUUCAAAGGGGUGGAAACAAGGUUUAAUCGUCCAGAUAGAAAUGUUGAUGCAAUUCCAUCACCAAAGAAGUUGUCUGUGUUUCAAUCUCAAGGUCGUCCGAUCGGUAAGAAGACAUUAACAACUUUGGAUGAUGAACUUAAAAAAACUGCUGAGUGGUACAUUCUCAACAAUUUCAUUGAGAUUCUCCCAUAUAUUCAAGAGCACAAGCAUAUUCUUUUAUCUAGUGGUGCUGAAAACCUAGAUCAAUUACAGAAAAAGGAGUUCCCCAUGUGGUUUUACAAUAAGCUUUACAAUCUUCGACAAACGGGAUCUGCAGAAGCUUCUGAAGAGUUAUUCUCCUCAGCAAGUGGCUCCUCUAAUCUUGUUUCUUCAUACACUGGGUGUAUUGUCAAUGGAGUUCGAUUUUUGUGUUAUGAAAGAGAUAAAAAUUUGAAAACUCAAAACAGUGGUGUCUUAGUACCCGGAGUAGACAACAAAAAUUUCUACGGGCAAUUAGAAGAGGCAAAACAAAUUUUCUAUCUUGAUGAUUUGAAAAAUGACCGAGAUUGGAAAAUUGUUGAAGAAGUUCAUCAUAGAAAUGAGUGGGACACCCCAGCAGCUGAUGAACAGUUGGAUCCCAUUGAAAUAGAUGUUAUGCAUGGCACAAUAUCAUCUGAUUUCCAAUUGUUUGUCGAUCUUGGUCCGUUGCCAGAAUUCAAUAUUUGCCGUAGAGAUCAACUGCCAUCUAUUGUCAAUGUAGAUACUCCUGUUGAUCAAGAGGAAGAUGAAGAGGAAGAGGAAGAGAUGGACUUAGAAGAAGAUAAUGUAGAAGAAAAUGAGAAUGAUAGUGAUAAUGAAUAUUAUAGUGAUGAUUAA